AUGCCGAAACCAGACACCGAUGAGAUGAUCCAGGCUCGCUGGGGAAGCAAGCAGUGGGGCUUCUACAACUGGGAAUGCGACAACGCCCGGGCGAUCGAAGACACAAUGAAGCCCGGUUCUGACUAUAAUGCUCUCAGCAAAUUUAUCUCUGCGGCGUGGCCUAACGAAAAGGAUCAUAAAGAGUAUAAAGCCUGGUCUCGCGAGUGGAAUGGCCGCGUUAUGCGCAGAAUGCUAUACCAAUGGUCAGCCAAAGACUUCAUCGACACAGUCAUCGCGACCAACUUCCUCGAGGCCGCAGUCUCUCAGCUACAUGACCUUUGGUGGGCUAUGGAUACGUGCAACUUAUCUUCGGUUCCCAUCGGACAUGCCAAGUUCGGAGCUGUCGAGUCCUACUACGCCUUCGAACCUGCACACAGAUUCCUUGAGCCUGACUUUAAACAGUCUGGACCAUCCAUCUUGGGCACAGAUAUUCUUUCCAUGACCGUAAAGUUCGGCAAAGCACGCACUCUCUCGGUCUCCAGUGGCUCUCCGGAAACCACUCACAGCGGCCCAAAGAUGUCCUCCAAUCUCUCAAAGCCUGAGAAGCCCAACCCCCGUCCGCGUGCUUUGACUGGCCCCGAACAGCAGCCAAACCCCGUAGAGCUAGCUCGCAAUGAGAUUGACCCCAAUCAUUUCGUCUUCGCUCAGAUCGGUCUACUCUACGUCUACGGAAAGGACUAUGAUCAUGCCAAAGGCUGCAGUAUUGAUGUCUUGAAGGAAGGACCAUGGUGGCAAAACGGCCUGGUCGUAGUGGUUCGACUCGACAAGAAAGGCAAUCAGGGAGCGGUCUAUGUCAUUUGGCAUGCAAACAGCAUCAUCGAAGAAGAUGAAGCAGACGAUGAUGACGAUGAUGACUAUGAUGACUAUGAUGACGGAGAGGAACUUGCACCCGAGGCCAAAGAUCAUGUUCCUGGACGACUUCACCCUCGUUGCAAUGAAGACUUUUCACUCGCCAAGAUUGCAAACAGUGUCCAUGAGCUGGGGCAGUUUGACAAAGAAUUCCACUUUCUUCCCAUCACCAAAACCACCAGCGUGAUCCAUCACGCACAGUUCUUGGAGCACGAUGAACAAUGGAUUACCAUUGAGCCUGCUCUUGCUCUGCCUGUUGAGGUCAACAAAUGA